GCAAAGCGAGAGGGAUAAGGUGAAAGCGACUCACCAGAUUGAGAGAGACGCGGACUUCUGCAAGGGUUUCCCAGGAACAGCAGUAGCAGGAAUCUACUCUUUUUUUCCCCUUUUCCCCCUUUUACACUGCCUUCCCUGGGAGAUCUGUCAAUGGGAGAGCGGUGGAGAGGAGUGCAAAAGAGAGGGAGGACAUGCCCCCGCCCAGCUUUGAUGCAGAGGUGAAGUGAGGGCUAAGGAGGGAAGAGGGAAAGAAAUGUGUUGAAAGUUUUGGGUUGCAAACUCUUCCAAUUGGUGAGAGGAAGUGCCAAACUUUGGGAAGUCGAUCACCGGUGACUUGCUCUGUGGCAAAAAAUGUAUCUCUGCAGGAGCGCAACAUACUCGUUUGUUCUACAGAUACAUUUUGAGGGUCGUCAUGAGCAUUUCUGACAUCUCCUUAUUGCCCUGUUCAUCUCGUCGCAACUGUAUCCACUUCCUCAUCUCGGAAUUGGCAUGAAAUGGACCCCUGAUGACAGUGACAGUAAUCACAUCGCCCCGUCCUCCAGCUGACACUUUUAGCCCCCUGUCUCCAGCCCACCUUCCACACCCGCCCCGCCUCGCUCUCACAAUUGCUGGGAGUCAUGGAGUGCUCUCACCGGAGUCUGGAAUGAACAAGUUAAAAAGCUGCUUUUCUCACCAUUGUGAUGAUAUGCCCUCUGAACUGAGAUAAUGGAUUGGAGAGAACUGGCUGCCCAGAAGCUGAACCUCUCCAAACGGAAGAAGUGCCAGCCACUUCCACCUUCCCCACCUGACCCAGAAGAGCCGUUCUUCUACACUGAUGGCUUCAGUGCUGCCCUGCAGCUCUCACCCCCACCUGUACCCCCAUGUCUCCUCAGGGCAGGGUCAAAGGUUAAGGACAGCCCCGGCAUGGGAAAGGUGAAAGUAAUGGUGAGGAUAUGUCCUGCCAAAGGAUCUCGAGACACCUCAGAAUCCAUGUCCUUUCUCAAAGUAGACGGCCAUAAGAAACAGCUGACCUUUUUUGAGCCACCCUGUGCACGCUCCACCUCUUCCACCGCCCCAAAGAUGUUUACCUUUGAUGCUGUCUUUACCCAGGAUGCUUCACAGGCAGAAGUGUGCUCAGGGACAGUGGCAGAGGUUAUCCAGUCUGUGGUCAACGGGGCAGAUGGCUGCAUCUUCUGUUUUGGUCAAGCCAACCUCGGCAAAAGCUACACCAUGAUCGGCAGGGACAGCUCUAUGCAGAGCUUGGGUGUAGCACCCUGUGCUAUCUCCUGGCUCUUCAAGCUCAUCGAGGAAAGGAAAGAGAAAACUGGCACAAGAUUCUCCAUCCGCGUGUCUGCUGUGGAAAUCUGUGGCAGGGAGGAAGUGCUGAGAGACCUGUUGGCUGACGUUUCCACACAGACUUUCCAGAACAGUCAUGGUGCAGGAAUUUCCCUGCGAGAGGAUCCGGUCUGUGGAUCACAGCUGCAGAACCAGAGCGAGUUGCGGGCGUACUCUGCAGAGAGAGCGGCGUUCUUCCUGGAUGCAGCUCUGGCGGCACGCAGCACCAGCAGACCUGACUGUAAGGAAGAGGACCGCCGGAAUUCUCAUAUGCUCUUCACUCUACACAUUUCCCAGUACCCUAUGGAGAAGAGCACCAAAGCAGGAAUGUCUGGGAGUCAUAGCCGUCUGCAUCUUCUGGACUUGGGCAGUUGUGAGUCUGAUCGGAGUCAAACACGAGAUGGAGGGAGAGGCCAAUGUCUGUCAAUGGCUGCUCUUGGAAAUGUCAUCCUAGCCUUGGCCAAUGGAGCCAAGCAUGUGCCAUACAGAGACAGCAAGCUUACCAUGCUGCUGAGGGAAUCACUGGGCAACAUCAACUGUAGAACCACCAUGAUCGCCCACAUCUCUGAGUCGCCAGCCAGUUAUGCCAUAUCUCUCACCACUGUGCAGCUUGCUUCCCGUAUUCACCGCAUGAGAAAGAAGAAAUUCAAGUAUGCAUCAAGUUCCUCUGGAGGAGAGAGCUCCUGUGAAGAGGGACACAUCAGACCGAGACCUAUCUACCCUCGGACUGUGGCUCUUGACCCAGACCACCCUGCAAUGUUAUCCGGUGACCCAGAUUACUCCUCCAGCAGUGAGCACUCAUGUGAUACAGUGAUCUAUGUAGGGCCUGGUGGGACCCCUAUUUCUGAUCGUGAACUCAGUGACAAUGAAGGCCCACCAGCAUUUGUUCCUAUCAUUCCCUCCCUGAACAAGAGGCAUGUAAAAGAGGGACCUAAGUCUGAUGGGGACCACCUCAAAUGUAACACCUUUGCAGAGUUACAAGAACGGCUUGAAUGUAUUGAUGGCAGUGAGAGCACAUCUGUUUUCACCAUUGAAGGAAAAGGCCAACUGACAGCCUUCAAAAGUGGAGUUGAAAGUGUGACAGAAGGGGCUUCUGUAUCAUCCAGGACCGCAAAGUCCUCUCUUCAGAAGUCUGCACACCUGCAACAUGGGGCCACAUCUGAAAUUAACACAACUUUAAGGCAAGAUUCAGAGCCUUUUGUCAGAGAGAAAGUCUUUAGUAGAGUACCUAUACAAAAGCCCAAUGCCUCUUCAUCCUUGCAGAGCAUCUCAAAAACCUCAGUUUUGAAUUCUGAGUCCAGUUUAACCAUACGGGCACCUCCAGUAGGUAUGAGUCAACAAGCCCUAAGGCAGGGAGAACUCCAUGAAUCCCCAAUUACUGACAGAUCCCAUCACCUCAGUAGAAAUCCUGUAGAGGUGAGCCACCUAUGUGCUGCUCUGAGGAACAGGUGCCUUGACAGGGAUGUUUUAAGGACUACAGUUACACUGCAGCAGCCUGUGGAGCUCAAUGGAGAGGAUGAGCUGGUGUUUAUGGUGGUCGAAGAGCUGCCUUCUGGUCUGGUUCCAGACAGUGGGAGACCAUCCAGCAUCAUUAGCUUCAAUACAGAGUGUUCUUUGCAGCCCCUGGCAUCUCACUCACGGUCUGUUAGCAUUAUCAGCAGCAUCAAUGAUGAGUUUGAUGCAUACACAUGCCAGAUGAGCAGGUCCCAGCUGAACCAAGGUGCUACUACUAAGUCACAGGAGGAAUUUACAGCUGGACAUACAACUGCACAUUCUUCAAUCCAGUCCUGGUCUUGCAAGACAAAUAUUUGUACCCAAAGUUGUGAUAAGACUAAAGGGAGCCUUUUAUCAAAGGGAGUGCGCAAGGGACGAUUCAGCAGCUCUAUGAUGGAUUUACCUGGUGGUUUACAGACAGAGUCUUUCACCCAGCAAAGAACAAAUAGUCCACUGGGUGACAGUGGAAUUUGCUUUUCAGAACUAGACUAUGAUUCUGCAACAAUUGACAAAUUGUCCAUAUCUAAGUGCCCUCUAUCUCAUGACAGUACCAAAGCAUCCCUCGGUGGUCCAAAGACGAUAAGAUCCAAUAGACUCAUGACCUCACAGUCUGCCCAAAUCUCAUUCUCCCUCCCUCGAAAAAGCACCCAAACUGCAUCUUCUAGCAGUAGCUACAGCCAUGAGCUACAACAUCAAAGUAGCAGAAUAGAUGAACAAUGGACCCACACUAGUAGUGGGCUGCACUCGGCCAGGAAUUCUGAGUUUAAGUCUGUUAACAAACCACCAAAAAAUGGCACAAGUUGGAUUCCGUCUAGAAAGACAGGCGGGAAUAGCAACAGUGUACCUCGCCCUCCUAAAAUGCAUGUGUCAUCCACAUCUCAAAGGGUUGUGGAUGGUUGUGAAAAGUUAAGCAUUAAGAAAGGGGACCUGAGCAAGAUGCCUCAGCUGAAGAGGGGAGCCACCACUCUCGGCAUGGUCUCAGUGCCCCGUAGUUCAAAUGAGAUGAAAUGGGGUAAUGAUUCCUCACAAACGAAUGGUAGCCUAAAUUUCUCAUCUUUAGGAAAGAGAGCUUAUGGACAGAAAGGUAGUAUAUUUCCUAAAUCUGGAAGCAUGUCACCCCCUGCUCCACCUAUCCAAAAGUCAAACCUCGACCAGAGGACACACAUUUUGUUGUCUCCAAGUGCCUUAAAGUCUGUAGGUAAUGAUGGAACAAAAUUGUCUUCCUCCAAAGCAUCAGUUUCCGAGGAGGACAUUGAUGUGCGAGUAAGAGGGGAAUGCUUUAGCUUUAAGUCAUCCAGUCUGAAGACUGCUUCUAGUCUCAGAUCUCAUAAUGCUAAAGGAGAAAAUGGAAGGCAUUUUGGUAGUCUUAUGUCCCUUGAAAGGUGUGGCAGUUUAACCUCAGUGGGUUCCAAACCAGUACCCUCAAAGGAAAACAGUAAUGUCAGUCUCAGUAGCACUGACAAAUCUGCUAAAAUGGUGCCAAAACUUGGGAUGCCCUGUUCAAUAUCAACACCAACCCCUACUUCCCCUCCGUCUUCUAGUGGAAUUUGUAAGCUUGGACAGAUAAAAGCCAUUAUAUCUCCUAGAUCCAUUGUUGGGAAUGGAAACAAAGGAAAGGCCUUGUCGAGCACUGGUUCAAAGUCUUUUAGCACCUCCACCAAGUUCCUUGCUGUGUCAGCUGCUCAGAAUACCAGUCUACCUCCAACUGGAAAACCCCCAACUCGCUCUGUCAUAGGCUCCAAUGCUAAACAAGGAAGGGGCACUAUUAUGGGCACAAAGCAAGUGGUUCGUGUAGCCAACAGUCGGGUCAGUGAGUUAGCAGGUGGAAGCUCCAAGAAACACCUCAGGGGCACUGACCAAGCAGAUGGCAACAAUGAUGGCAGAAUGUCCAGCGAGACCCAACUGGCUGCUCCUUUGCCCUCUCCUUACAGCAAAAUCACGCCCCCUCGCCAUCCUCAGCGCUACAGUAGUGGCCAUGGUAGUGACAACAGCAGUGUACUUAGUGGUGAACUGCCCCCUGCCAUGGGGCACACUGCACUUUUUUAUCACAGUGGAGGCAGCAGUGGCUAUGAGAGCAUGAUCAGGGACAGUGAAACUACAGGCAGUGCAUCUUCUGCCCAUGAUUCCAUGAGUGAGAGUGGAGUGUCCAGGUCUACUCGAACAAAGGCCUCAAAAUCUCCCAAAAAGAGAUCCAAUGGCCUGCAGCGACGCCGUCUGAUUCCUGCUCCUCUGCCAGACACCUCUUCUCUGGGCAUGAAGGUUGGUGCAGCAGCCCAGUGGGUCGAUCUACCUCCACUGGGGGGUACUAUGAAGGAACCCUUUGAGAUCAAAGUGUACGAGAUUGAUGAUGUGGAGCGCCUUCAGAGACGCAAAGAAAGGUUGGCAGAGGGUUUGCAGUACUUCAGCGCACGCCUUAGGAUGUUGGAGAAGAGGCAGCAGCAGAUCAGGGAGAUAAGAGCCAAGCAUGAGAAGCUGAAAAAAGAGUUGGAGGAUGCCAAGACUUGUCUCAUGCUGGACCCCAUUAAAUGGAUAGGAGAAUUUGAUGUGGACCCAGAUCUGGACCAGGAGUCGCAGGAUUACCUGGAGGCUCUGGCCCAGGCCACAGGAGACCUGGAGUUUUGUGUCAACCUAUGCAAGUCUCGUGUGAUGAUGGAGACCUGCUUUGAUAUCGCAGUGCCCGCGAUCCCAGGACAGAGUGGACAACAGGAGAUGGAGGUCUAAAAGAGAACAAAACAGGACUGUGAGUUACAGCAAGACCCCUUUUUUCUGGGGUUGAGACUGUCCUUCUUGGAACAACACAAAUGAAGGUACUGAAUAAGUAUGGUUAGAAACUCCAUUAAAUGCUGAGAAACAGAGACCGAAUGGAAUAAGACUAAGAACGUUUCCUGCGAUUUUGAUUAAGCUUUACCAGGAAGUGCCUUAAACCCCCAAAAAUCCCAAGAACUAUCUUUGUUUGAUGAUUGGUGCUAAUAUUGAGACCAGCUUUCCCAAGUACACUUUGAAAAACAAAGUAUUUUGCAUUGCAAUGCAGUGUAGUCUAUUUAUAAGAGCUAAAGUGAUUAAAAAUAUUGUUUUAAAUAUUAAACACAAAAAAGUAAAAAAAUUCCCCAUACUAUAAUUAUCAUACAAAAACUUGCUUGUUUUUUUAUUUUAUUUACAGUCAUUCUGCAUAAAACCCCUGUUAUACUUCACUUUGGCAAAGUAUACUUUGGGGUUAAUGAUUGGCUCUCUGAUGACAUGUCAUUUCCCCUGAUCCAGAGCUAGUAGCCUACUUUAACUGAUUGGAGCAGCUGGUGGCAAGUCAGAAAUUAGAGCUGGUCUCAAACACUUCUCAGGACAUCAAACCGAAGUGAGUUUGUAUUUACAAAUUUCAGUGUGUGUGGUAUGCGUCAUACUGUAAUGUAUGCAUGUGUCUGUUCUUCUCUGAUCAUGCAACAUCCAGCAUUUAGCUGGUAUCUUUUAACGUGGUAAACAAAUCCACUUUAUCUACCUGAACUUCAAACGAUUAUGCCUUUCUUUGUUGAAAAUGUUCAGAUUUACAAAAGGCUAUCAUCUGACAAAUUCACAGCACAGGACCUUCUCACUGUGUCUUGUGAUUUUUAUCUUCAGCCUCUGAUGUUUGAUGAUUUGUGUGUCUCUGGAGAGAAGCGUAACUGCUGUUUCUCAUAAAGAAACAAACAAAACAAAAAAUAGAUUAUAUGGAUUUGCAAAGGUUUGAAAUGGAAUAUGUGGAUAUUUUCUUAAAAUUCUUUCCUUUGUUUUUGUUGUUAAAUAAUAAUUUAAAAGAGAGAGAGAGAAAAAAAGAUCAGGCCUUUUUUUUUUCUCCAAGUUGCUGCAUGACAUUUUUGAGUUAAUUAUAUAUAUAUAUAUAUAUAUAUAUAUAUAUAUAUAUUUCCUUUUUGUUUUGUAUGUUAGUCUGUGAUUUCUACUAAUACUUUAACAGAUUUGUCAAGCAUUCAGACUUUUAAUUUCUAUGACAUUUUACCAGUUUUCCUGCUUUGUACUGUACAGUUUUUUUAAUCCUUUUUUAAAAACCAUGUAUACACUAAGUUUUCAUUACCAUAACAUUAUGAAUAAAAAAAU